AACCCAUUUCAACUGCCUAUUCAGAGCAUGCGGUAAGAGGAAAUCCACCAAGUCUCAAUAUAACAAUAUUCUUUACUCCUGGAUAGCUCAGUCAACGGAAAAAUGGACACAGAAAGUAAUCAGAGAGCAAAUCUUUCUCUCCCACAAGAGCCGUCCAGUGUGCCUGCAUUUGAAGUCUUGGCAGUAUCUCCCCAGGAAGAAUCUUCAGGCGGACUAUUGAAGUCGGCCUCAUCCCCACCACAGCAUACAUGGCUGACAGUUUUGAAGAAAGAGCAGGAGUUUCUGGGGGUAACACAAAUUCUGAUCGGUAUGAUAUGCCUGUGUUUUGGAACAGUUGUCUGCUCUGUACUUGAUAUUUCACACAUUGAGGGAGACAUUUUUUCAUCAUUUAAAGCAGGUUAUCCAUUCUGGGGAGCCAUAUUUUUUUCUAUUUCUGGAAUUUUGUCAAUUUUGUCUGAAAGGAGAAAUGCCACAUCUCUGGCGAGAGGAAGUCUGGGAGCAAACACUGCCAGCAGCAUAGCUGGGGCAACAGGAAUUACCAUCCUGAUCGUCAACCUGAAGAAGAGCUCGGCUUAUAUCCACAUCCACAGUUGCCAGAAAUAUUUUUCGACCGAAAAGUGCUUUGUGGCUUCCUUUUCCGCUGUAUGUAUUUUUUUGUGUGGGAAGACUAAGAUUCUGGGUCCUAAUGAAAUGGUAGUGAUGAUGCUGUUUCUCACCAUUCUGGGACUUGGUAGUGCUCUGUCACUCACCAUCUAUGGAGCUGGGGAAGAACUCAAAGGAAAUAAGGUUCCAGAUGAUCGUGUUUAUGAAGAAUUAAACAUAUAUUCAGCUAUUUACAGUGAGUUGGAAGAUAGAGGAGAAAUGUCUCCUCCCACUGAUUUAUAAGAAUCACAUGUCCAGAACACUCUGAUUCACAGUCAAGAAUCCAGAAGGCCAAGGUCCUGUUAAGGGGCUACUGGAAAAAUUUCUCUUCUCUCCACAGCCUGCCAAUUUUACAUUAGAUUUAUUCGCCAGAUGAGAAUAUUUUGUUUUUGUUGCUUCUGUUCCCCUUAAUAUUCUCCUUCCAUUUGUAGAUAUGAUAGACUCCUAUUUUUCUUAUUUUAUAUUACGACUUCACAUACCUCUCUGCUGGAAAGUCAACAUGUAAUAAGCAAGAUUUAACUGUUUGAUUAUAACUGUGCAAAUACAGAACACAAGAAGGCUGGCUGAAAGUUGAGUUAAACUUUGACAGUUUGAUAAUAUUUGGUUCUUAUGGGUUUUUUUUUUUUUUUUUUUUUUUUUGCAUUCCUAAUAGUUACAGUUGGGCAUGGUUUGUACCACCCACCCAUACCCACACAGUCACACACACAUAUAUAUAACUUACACUAUAUAUAACUUUCUAUGCAAAUAUUUUACCACCAGUCAAUAAUACAUUCUUGCAAUGUACUGCAUGAAGUUUUAUAAAAAUCUGUAUAAUUGCCUAAAUCACCAGCACAUUCACUGACAUGGUAUUAUUAGAUAAUGUUUGCAGAUUGAUAAGUAGGAAGUGGGAAAUUUUAUUAAGUUACCCAUUGUCUGGGGAGGUAGAUAGGUAAAAACCGGGAAAUUGUAAGUGGAGAGGUCAUUUAGUGAGACAUUUGUGAAAAAAAGAAGAAUAAAUUAAGACCUGAGCUGAAAUAAAGUGAGUGGAAAUGGAAAUAAUGGUUAUAUCUAAAACGUGUAGAAAAAGAGUAACUGGUAGACUUUGUUAACAAAUUAAAGAAUAAAGUUAGACAAGCAACUGGUUGACUAAUACAUUAAGUGUUUAGGUCUAAGAUGAAAGGAGGACACUGGUUAUGCUGAAAAAAAUGAUAGAAAGGACCAGGUACAGAGGCUCACACCUGUAAUUCCAGCACUUCAGGAGGCCGAGGCAGGCAGGUCACGAGGUCAGGAGUUUGAGACCAGCCUGGCCAA